CCAACGGCCACAAAUAAGUACUGGAAACUUCGCUAUUUUCCAAUCCAACCCCUAUAUAAUGGCAGUGCUUGUGGCUCUCUCGUGCUCAGUCAUCACUCUCUAGGGUUUCUCGUUGAUCAUAUUAUAUCUUGAUAAUAUUCCGGUUGAACAGAUUUGAAAACCAUGGGAAAGAGCUAUCCAUGUGUUAGUGAGGAGUACAAGAAGGCUGUUGAUAAAGCCAGGAAGAAGCUCAGAGGAUUCAUUGCUGAGAAGAGAUGUGCUCCUUUGAUGCUCCGUCUUGCAUGGCACUCUGCUGGUACUUUUGACGUGAACACCAAAACCGGAGGUCCUUUUGGUACCAUGAGGUACAAGGCUGAGCUAAGCCAUGGUGCCAACAACGGUCUUGACAUUGCUGUCAGGCUGCUGGAGCCUAUUAAGGAGCAAUUCCCCAUCCUCUCAUAUGGUGAUUUCUAUCAGUUGGCUGGUGUUGUUGCUGUCGAAGUUACCGGAGGACCUGAAGUUCCUUUCCAUCCCGGAAGAGAGGACAAAGAAGAGCCACCAGUUGAAGGCCGUCUUCCUGACGCAACAAAGGGAAACGACCAUCUGAGGGAUGUGUUUGUUAAGACCAUGGGCCUUGAAGAUAUCGACAUUGUAACUCUAUCUGGUGGCCAUACUCUGGGAGCUGCCCACAAGGAGCGAUCUGGAUUCGAGGGACCAUGGACUCCCAAUCCUCUUAUCUUCGACAACAGCUACUUCACUGAACUUCUUGCUGGUGAGAAAGAGGGGCUCCUGAAGCUACCCACCGACAAAGCUCUUCUUGAGGACCCUGUAUUCCGACCGUUGGUUGAGAAAUAUGCUGCUGAUGAGGAUGCAUUCUUUGCUGAUUAUGCAGUUUCACACAUGAAACUCUCCGAGUUGGGAUUUGCUGAUGCCUAAAGUUUGUGAUGGAGUGGGGGCGACCUGUUUGGCAAUUAUAUUUUGAGUGUUAAAGUGUUUUUGUUUUGUUUGUCAAGAGAUUAAAAAACACACUGUGAAGCAUAUGAGACCCUCUUGAGUUGGGGUUGCAGUUUGAUUAAUGAAGUAUUCAGCCUUGAUUUAUAAUUUUCUUAA